AUGCCUCUGUUCAGCUCACUCAAACGUUCAUGGUACAACGCGGCUGCGAAGCGGGCGUCCAAGUCCCUCAAAGUAACGAAACCAUCCAAGGCAGCCAGUAUCCAUUCGGCACGACUCAACACGCCCAGCGUCAGUUCUCUCACCCUCAGCAUCUACAGUGAGUGCAUCUUCCGUCGACGCCCCUCACUCCCAGACCGCUCCUACGUCUUCCUGGUCCAUGACAAUGACCUCAUCGAAGAAGACAACGAGACCUACGGCACCAAACUGCGCAAGCACAAGGCCUUGCGGCGGCACACCGACACCAAGAUGGCGGCGUGGCUAGCGAUGAGGCGGGCAUUCGUGCCGUGCAUGCCAGAGACGUGGGAAGAGUACGUCGCUGCUCUGCGUAGACUACACAUCAUGUUUGCGUGCUACCUCGAAUGUCGCGAGGCGCGUCUGGCCGAGGCGGAGGCUUGGCUAGCAGUACAGCAGCACUUGUCUACCAGACGCCUGGCAAAGGAUGGCAGCAUCCGAGAUCGGCCGAUGAAAAAGCUCUUGAAGGCGAAGGAGGAGGUCGACCGCCUGCGAGGCAGGGUAGAUAGAGGCAGGAUACGUCUGACCCGGUUCGAGGACGUGGUGGCGAGCGCUCGUUGGCAAAGGCGUACCAUCAACGAGGCUAUGCUGGAGGACCUUAGGAAGCUGUCACAACUGGUGGACGGGGGGGCGGACGAGCAGAAAGCUUGGGGAUGA